AUGCCCGUCGCCGGUCGGGAACACGACCGAAACGUCAUGCGCGAUGCGCGUGAGAACGUCGAGGCCGCCACCAAUCGGCUCUCGGAGGGAUACGAAGUUCGACUGGCCCAGCUCGAUGCGGAUCGUGCUGCGCUGGCCGAGCAGGUCUGUCAGCUGGAGAUGGAGAUUCAGAACCUCCACGGCAACCAUCUGCAGGACAUCCAGGCUCACCGAAGCUGGCAUUCGUCUGCUUUGGAUACUCUCUUCGAGACGCGAGGCAGUGAAGUGGCUUGCCUUGCCAUGCGCGCCUGGAGGGAGCUUCUGCGCGGCAAGGAUGCAUUCGGCCGCCGCCGUCGCCUCGCUGGACGAGUCACUUCUCGGCAUGUGCAGGAGAUGAUGCUUCAAGCCAAGCGGGCGCUCUGGGCGGCUUGGAGCAGCGCCGCGGUCCGUCGCGCGCAGCACCGCCGGAGUGCCGGCGCUGUGACCAAGGCUUUGGCGCGGCUCUCGGACGGUGAGCCGAGGAGGCGCGGGGCGUUUGUUGCUUGGCGAAUGGCAGUGCAUCCGCUGCGUGGAUCUGCACAGAAGGCCUUGGUGCGCGCGCGCCUGGCGGCCGUGCAGCAUCGCCAGCGGACUGCGCACCGGGAGUUUCAGAGGAGCUGCUGGGACAUGUGGGCUGCAAAUGCACGUGAGGAAGCAAGGACACGACAACUGGAGGCGGCUUCCACAGCUCUGCGCGACCAGGUGGCAAUGCACAAAGAAGCGGCCCAGGCUGCGCAUGCUUCCGCUGAAGAGCGACUUCAGCAAGUCGAGUUGCAGUUCCAGGAAUCGGAGAUGAUUGCCGCAGAGGCUAGCAGCCAGCAGCUCCUCGAUCAGAAGCUCGUGAGUGCCAAGCUCGAGUCACGCUUGUCCACAGCAUCUGAGCGGGAGGAGGAGCUCCGACACGAGAUGUCGCGCCUGGCUGAUCUGCUCACAGCCGCAGAGGCCGAGGUCCUGGAAAAAGCAAGCGAUGUGGAGACUGCUGAGGCGCGCCUAGCUGCAAAGACGGCAGAGGCGCAUGCCUUCGAGCAAGCUGAGCUCCGGCAACAGACCCAGGAGGCUGCGAUUGCUGGGCGCCUUGCCCGGCUGGUGCAGCAGGCGGCAGACCAAGAGGAGGAGAUUGCCGUGCUGCAGACGUCACUGCAUGCAGAGCGGGCCGCGCUGGCUGUACUGCGCCGUAGUGACCUUCAGCUCACGGAUGCCGUGACUGAAGCCAAAAGCCUUCCAGUGCGGCAUGUCCGCACAGAUGUGGACGAGGCUAAGAACAGAUGGCGGCUCGAGCAUAGCUUCUCCGUGUCGGCGAUUCACAAAUCCGGCACACUGCCGGAAACACUUCCACUGGCUUCGAGAACAAAGAGGCUCGCGAGCCGGAGCCAGUGA